AUGGAUGAAAGUCUCACAGACUUCCAAGAGCCAAAAAACCAAUGCACUGGUCCUAAAAGGUUUCAGAAGUCUAAAGUCCAUAAUAAAAAAGCUAAACCUAGGAAACAUAUUAAAGGUCAAAAAGAUAUAAGAGCUUUAAUAAAAUCAAAGAAAAAUGAUAUUGUCACUUAUACAAAGGAAUUUAAUGAUGUUUGUUUAAAAAGCGGUAUUGAUGUCGACUCUGAACAGUUGCAGUUAGCCAUAGCUUUAUCAAAGUCUCUUCAGCACACUGGAGAGCAGACAGAUGCAGAAAGCUCACAGACUACCAAGUUAACUUCACAAGAAAGAACAAAUAAAAUACGCAGGACAUUAGAAGAAUUCGGAUUUAAUGUUAUUAAAUCUGAAUGGAAAUUAAAACCAGAGACUAAUAAGAGAUUGAAAUGGUGCAAAAAACAAUGCAAAUUACUAUUGACGUCAGAAGAGGAAAGACAGCAAAAAAUUUUGGAUAAAUAUUCCCAAGUACUAUUCCAAAAUUUAGAUUAUUCGUUUGAUAAUGAUAAAUAUGAAAACAAUAUAAUUACCAGUGGCUUAUACUAUCUAACAACAAAUAUAAAAUAUGAAUUAAUGAAGAGUAAUGAAAUAUUUUACGUACCAGGUUUACUACACGACAUUUCUUAUGUCAAAAGUAACUUACUGAGAGAUUGGUCUGAAAUACCUGGUAGACCAACAAGCCCUAAACUUAAAAAGGAUUUUGUUGUUUCUAUUUCAGAUCUAGAAUGUACUCAAACUGAAUUAGAUAUAAUACUGAGUGGGUCAUUAAAAGCAGCAAAGGAUAUAUAUAAAUUUAAAAUCAUUCAUUCAAAUAUACUAAAAGAAGAACUAAAGAAGGGUUAUGGUAAAGAUUCUAUCACAUAUCAAAAUCUUGACAAAUCUGUCAUAAGUCUAAACAGAGAUUCAAAAAGGGUUGAAACAAAAGUUGAAUCCAAUAAAACAACAAUGCUUUCCUUACCACAGAGAGGAAGGAGCCUUUCCCCAGACAUCUUUGGGGAUGAAGCUUCUUCAUUAAUAGACAAUUCUAUUACGUACACAGGAAAUGGAGAUGAAAAUAUUAGAAAAGAUGAUGCUGAUAAAGAUGUGGUAGAUUUAACACAGACUGUGGAUGUUAUAAGCCAAUCAAAUAUAACUAAACCAUGUUCCCAGCUGUCCCAAUCAAGUAAUGGAACUAAAAGAAAAACCAAUGACUAUAUGGAUUUAACUGAUUGUGUGCCUGUGUCUUUGCAAAAAUUAAAUACUUAUUCAUUGUCUCUGACAUCAAAGGUAUCUGAAAUUGAACAAGUACAAAAUGAUUGUAUGGAAAUCACUGAAUGUGUUAAUCCACUAAGUCAAGACCAUAAUAUCCUUAAUAAUGAAAAUGUUGCACUAACACAGAAUAUUGCAGAUUAUGCACAUGUAGAAACAAUGAAUCAUUGUAAAGAAAAUAAGAAAAGUGUAAUUACAAUGGAUCUUACACAAUCAUCUAACUCAGAUGAAGAUUUACCAAUUGUAGAUAUUGGUGGUUCAGAAGCAAAGUCAUCAGAUGAUAUCAUUAUUGUACAACAUGAUGACUACAAUAGUAUCAUUCCUACAUCACCAAAAUGUAAGAAUUUAAAACCAAACCAUGGUUUGACCAAAGAAGAAAAUGUUAUUUUUAUAGAAAAAAAUAAUGGGGAUUCUACACUAGAUAACAAUUUUGAAGACAAAUUCAAUAAUUCUGUUAUAGUAUCACAUGAAUAUGACCAUAAUGAACAAAAUAGUGAUAUUGAUUUAACUCAGUGUUCAGAUUCAUCAGUAGAAGUAUCUCAAAAAAGCUUUAAAUCUUGGAGUGUAUCUGAAAAUCAAGAAUGCAAUGAGUUUCAGAACCUAGGUAAAAAAGAUAAUGUUUCCAUAGAUUAUGAUGAAAUUUGUAUAGAUGCUCCAUCGAAAGAGAAAGGUUUAGAUGGACAGUUUGAUGAUAUUCACACAAGAUAUGCAAACAUUUUCGAAAAUGAAACAGAAUCAUGUAAAAACCAAAUGGCAAGUUCCAAGAGUGAUCUUGUUUCUAAUUGUAGUAAUAACUCUGAACCAUUUAAUUUGUCUGAUAAGGAACUUAACUAUUCCAUGCAUAGAUCAAAAAUAGAACAUUUUGAUAUGGGUGGUAUAUCAAUUAUUGAUGAAAUUUGCAACAUAAAUGAAGCGAAAAAUGAUACUAACUUAAAGAAAAAUUGUUCUUUAAAUAGAUCGUUAAGUGAGAGUUGUCUGCCAAACAUUUGUUUUAAAGAUAAUAAAACAAAAACAACUGAAGCAUACAUUACACUAAGUCAAUCCACAUCUUCAACCCCAAUAAAGGCAAUUAUUAAAGAUAACGAAAUUUCAGUACAAACACCAACAAAUAGCGAAUAUAUUGUAAAAGUGGGGGAAGUAACGCCUAUGUUAGAUUAUGCAGCAAUGUCUUCCCCUGAAAGGAAUAAAGAAUUAGAAAAAUAUGGUUUGAAGCCAUUCAAACGAAAAAGAGCUAUCCAGCUCUUAACCCAUCUGUACAACCAAACUCAUCCACUGAUAGAGUACUGCUCUGAGCAACCUAUACCCCCCAAGAAAUUAAAACUUGAUUCUCCUAAGAGCACAUUAAGCUUACAACAGAAGCAUAAAAGUCCGAAGAAAAUUAAGGAUAUAUCAGAAAACACUAAUUUCAAUAAGGGAAAUGAUAUUUACAAAGAAACAAAAGAUGUGCCUGAUAUAAGAGACAUAGGAUGUAGUGCUGAAGAUUGGGUGUUUCAGAAGAGAGAAAAAGCUAAGAUCCAUGCAUGCCGUGUGCCGUUGCACAUAGUAUUCCAUAACUACGUCUCGUGCCGUCGUGGCUUGCGGGAAGCGAUACUCCGCUAUGAACCGGUCAAUAUUGAUGUCAUACACAAAGACCUCGUCUCUUAUGGCUAUCGCUAUAAUCCUAAGGAUCUUCUAAAAUUCUUAGAUAAAAAAUGCAUCACUGUGAAGACUGCUGACAAUAAUGCAAGAAACAGUAAAAAAUAA